AUGCAGAUCACUGAGUACGAGACUGCCAUCCAGCCAUCAAUGUAUAUUGCUCCAGACUUCUCCAUGGAGCUCCAACAGUACAACACAUGCUAUUCCUUCUACGAACAGACUCCUGCUCAGCCCUCCUGCUGUUCUUCUAACUACUGCUGUGAUCCUUGGGAAUCUUCCUUUCCUACCGGCAUCCAAAUCAGCGCAUUCGACCCAACUCAGGAGGCCUUUGCGAAUCCCGUCGAUCAGCCUGCCAAUGAUCCAGAUGCCUGGAUGCUCAUGGGUCCAUCCAUGCAACAGACCCCUGAGCUCCCCUGCACCACCGUCGACAUAGUACCAGCCUAUCAACACUGCACCGCAUCCUCCGCAUCCUUCCAGGCCUAUCCCGCCUUCCCCGACUACAGCCUCGAUGAUCAGCCCCCCCAGCCUCACUUUCUCCAGCCAAGCAACCCCGAGGUGCUCGACCACGACCACGACCACGACCACGAUACCGACAGCCUCUCGUCCUCAGAUGCUGCAGACAUGUCUGCAGCAGGAUCGCCGGAGGGAGAGGACAGCUUCGACCUGGACAGCAUCUUCGAGGGGAGCGACCUGGAGGAGAGGAGCGUACAGGUCCAUGCCAGGAAGGGCAAGUCCAUGUCGCGGAGCCCUGUGGUGAUCACGUUCGAGCUCCUUGCCGAGCACUUCCAUGAGAGCCUCGAGACCGCGGCGUCCAAGAUCGGGAUCGGCAAGUCGACGAUGAAGCACGUGUGCCGGCGGCUGGGGAUCGAGAAGUGGCCCUACACGCACAAGGGCCAUCGCAAGAACCGCCCGAGGAAGCUCGCGCACCAUCAGAUCUCAGCGUCGUCGAUUGUGUUCACGGACUCGCACGAGUUCUUCGACGCGGCGGCACUGCCGAGGGUGGCAGCUCCGGAGGCGCCGGGGCUGCUUGGAGCGAGCCAGCCGAGCGCACCUGCGCUGUACAUGUCGGCGGGGCUUGGGGAGGCGGGGGCGAUGGAGGAGGGGAUAGGAGGCAUGUACAAUAGGGGAUGCCAAGGGGAGUCAUCAGGGAGCAUGAUAUCGGAGACCGACCUGAACUUUCUAUGGGACUGUGUAGGACGGACUGGGAUGGAUGCUUGUAGAGUUUAG